AUGGCCACCAGGAAUCUCGCCUUCAACGAGCUUGACCUCUCUCACAACUACCUCACAGGCCGUGCACUGAAGCCUCUUGCUGCGCGCACUUUGGAUCUCUCCACCAACUUCCUCUCGGGCCCUCUGCCCGACGGGGCAUGCCAGCCAUUUUCUUUCGAUGCCAACAGCUUCACGCUGCCACUGGGCUGUGCCUUGGUGCCGCAGCGGCAGGAGGCAGCAUGCAAUGCAUUCUGUGGCGUCUCCUCUGCAGCUGGUGGUGCUGCUGCAUGUGGUGGACAUGGGGUGUGCUAUCCACAGGGGCCUAGCUUGGCACCCACAUGCCUGUGCGAUGCGGGAUUUGUGCUGUCUGGAGACAUUGGCUGUGUCGCUCAAGGGCGGGGGCUGUCGGGGUGUGGAAUGCAGCUCGCCUUCCAUGCCAACUUCACCUUCUCCCUCUCGCCUCAAUCCGGCCGCGUGGGCUUCAACGGCUUUGCCUUUGUUGUCUCGGCAACCGACCGGGUGGGGAGGGGCACCGGUGUGGGGUAUGGUGGAAUGGAGAAGCGGAGUGUGGCAGUUGAGUUUGACACUCGGCAGGACAAGCAGCACGGCGACAUGCACAGCCAGCAUGUGGGGCUGAAUGUACGAGGCGAGGACAAGUCGCUAGCCGCUGUGCCGUCACCAUUCCCUCUAAGCAGCAAGAAGGCAUACACGGCGUGGGUGGAUUAUGAGCCGGGGGAUCCCGGCACCAUCCAGGUCUUCCUGGCUAACUCGAAGGAGAAGCCGCGGGAGGCGGUGCUGGAGAGGAGGCUGGCGCUGUGUGAGGUGCUUCAGGGUGGGCCCGAGCAGCACGCCUUCUUCUUUGGCUUCGUGGCCUCCACCACCGUGAAGCCGUUUCAGAAGCACGUCAUUCUCGAAUCUACAGUGGACACAGAUGCUUUUUGGGCGUUUGCGGUGGUGGCGAGUGUGGAAGCGGCAUACGGCAUUGCAACGAAUGGAGAGGCGCCGCAGCUGUCAGUGGACUCGCUCUUUGCAGCCAUGGGGCUCACCUCCGAGGCAGACAAGUGCCGCACGGGGGGCUCCCCCACCGAGGCGUUUGAAACGCUUCUCACGCUGGCCAAUGCUGGAAUCACAAAGGCUGGCGCACCUACCUUCAAGUACCAGGAUCCUGGCUGCUACACCGGCAGACUGAACCAUGCUGUACUCGUUGUUGGCUACUUCGUCUUCAGAAAUGACGGCAGCCAAAAUCGCAUCGCGCCUCCAUUUUGGAUAAUCCGCAAUUCUUGGGGAGUGGAGUGGGGUGACAGGGGCCACAUGCGCAUGGACAUUCAGGGAGGGGAUGGCGUGUGUGGCAUCAACGUGCUGCCUGGCAUCUACCCCAUUGUCAAGAUGGACGUGUGUGGGUCUGACUUGAAGAACCCCUGCUAUGUGGGCACAUGCGUCAAUGACGGCAAGGGCUCCUACUCCUGCAUCUGCCCUCCCAACUACAUUGAAAGCACAACCAUUGACAGCUUCCCCACCUGCGACCCAGGUGCUGCUGCUUUGGCCUGGCGUCCUUUGCCUCAAAACGUGGUGCUUCAGCUGGGGAAUUCUCUCCUCAUUCCCUGCACCGCAUUCUUCUACACCAUCAGCAGCGACACAUGCUGGUCCAUCAGCACGCAGCUGGGCCUCACCAGCAGCAACCUCACUGCUCUCAAUCCCGGCCUCAACUGCUCUGAGCCCAUCAAGGCGGGCCGCUCUCUGUGCGUCGAGCGCAACGCCACCUUCGCUUUCACCGUCCCUCAGUGCUCGCGAUACGGCAUGCUCACACCACAGGACACGUGCGAGCGCCUGCUGCGGCAGGUGGUGGGGAGUGAGGGCGACCCAACAGGGGCUGGGGAGGUGAAUGCCAUGCGCUGGGCUGAGCUGUACCGCAACAAUCCCGGCCUCAUCUGCUCCGAUGUCAUCCCGAUCACCGCCCCUGCUGUUGGCAGCAACACUGGCGUGCAGGUGAGUGGUGGAGGGGAGAACGGACCAGGAAGGAUGGGGGGCAAGAGAUGGGAGGAAAAGGUGGAGGGAAAACUGUGGAAUGAAGGGGUGUUCGAUGGGUGA